UUACAGCUGCUUUAGUAAACGUCAAAGCCAAGGAGUAAAAUGAAAAAGAAAUAUAUUGUCAAAAAGCGAAGUCCUACAUAUCGAUUUAAAAAUCUAAUAUGGGUGACGAAAACAUAAAUUCCAGUAAAAUAUGUGACUCUAGUAAGUGUAAUGUGAUCAUUAUAGGCGGCGGCGUAGCCGGAUUAGCCGCCGCUAAUUAUUUUGUAAAAAAUGGAAUGGAGGACUUUUUAAUUUUAGAAGCAAGAAAACGUUUGGGCGGUCGUAUUAUUUCUAUCCCAUUGAAGAAUCAUAAUAUUGAAUUAGGAGCUAAUUGGAUUCAUGGCGUUUUAGGUAACCCCAUAUUUGAAUUGGCUAUGGCCAAUAAUCUUGUAAAUAUAAUCAAUAUUCCAAAACCUCAUAAAGUUAUAGCAGCGACUGAAGAUGGAAAACAAGUUCCUUUUGGGGUGUUACAUGAAAUACACGAAGCCUAUGUAUGCUUUUUAAGACGAUGUGAGGAGUACUUUCUCUGUCAAUAUUUGCCUCCGCCUGAUAUCCAUAGUGUAGGUGAGCACAUAAACUUAGAAGCCACAAUAUAUCUAGAACGCUUACCAUCAUCUGAAGAAAAAAAAUUAAGGCGUCUUAUAUUCGACUGUUUGUUAAAAAGAGAAACCUGUAUAUCAGGUUGUAAUACUAUGGAUGAAAUUGACCUUUUAGAAAUAGGUAGUUAUACAGAAUUGCAAGGAGGUAAUAUUAUGAUCCCAUCAGGUUUUAGUUCUAUUCUUGAGCCAAUGACAAAAAAUAUUCCUCCUGAAAAAAUAUUGACUGGAUUACCUGUAAAAAAGAUAGUUUGGGAUUCAAAACAUAGUACACAAGGAUUACUAGAAGAUUUAGGUGAGGAAUCUGAGGAUUCCGAUCAAACUGUGAUUGAAGAUGUUUCUAAAAGUUUGAGUUCAACUAAUGAAAACAGAACUGAAGAAGAAUCUUCAAUAGCUGAAAAUCCACAAAUGCCAAAGAGAAAUAAAAAUCCUUUUUAUGUAGAAGUUAUAUGUGAAAAUGGACAAUCUUUUUAUGCUAAUCAUGUGAUAUGUACAAUUCCACUAGGUGUUCUCAAAGAACAUGUAACAACUCUAUUUGAACCAGCCUUACCACAUUAUAAAAUUGAAUCUAUUGAGAGAUUACUUUUUGGUACUGUAAAUAAAAUUUUCUUAGAAUAUGAAAGACCUUUUCUAAAUCCUGAAGUUACAGAAAUCAUGUUGUUAUGGGAAAAUUCCACAACAUCUGAUGAUAUGAGAGAGUCAUGGUUCAAAAAGAUAUAUUCCUUCAGCAAAGUAUCAGAGACUCUUCUGUUAGGAUGGGUUUCAGGCAAGGAAGCUGAAUAUAUGGAAACAUUGUCUAUGGAAGAAGUGGGAGUAACUUGCACAAACAUUUUACGAAAAUUUCUAAAUGACCCCUUUGUUCCAGAACCCAUUAAAUGUGUCUGCACAAGUUGGAGAAAACAGCCUUACACCAGAGGCACAUACACUGCUAUAGCUGUAGGAGCAAGCCAGAGUGACAUAGAAAGUAUAGCUCAACCAUUAUUCCGGAAUGUCCAUGAUAAAAAGCCUGUUUUACUCUUUGCUGGAGAGCAUACACAUAGCAGCUUCUACUCGACAGUACAUGGAGCGUAUCUUUCUGGUCAGACUGCAGCUCGUCGCUUAUUGACCUCAGAUGAACCUGAGAACAUUCUUGAAUGUCCCCAAUCAGCAGACCUCACAUCUUGGAUACAAGGUAUCCAUUUAGAAGGUUGAUAUUUCUCCCAAAUUUACUAUUAGAAUAAAAACCUGGUUAAUUACAAUUCACACAUGACAAAGGCUGUAGCCACUUUAAUUUGUAUAAUUAGUGUAUUUAAAGAAGGAAAAACGGGAAAUUGCUUCUUCGAAAUCAAGAGUAGAAUCUAUUACAAGUCUUCUUAUAUAAGUAAUUUAAAAUAUAAAAUUCUGUCUGAAAUUCGCAUGCUGGCCUACGUUACUUUUUGUAGACCCAUUAAAGCAUUCUACCCGACUUCACUGAGCACCUGCGUUAUAAUUUGCUCAAUAGUUAAGUUAACAAUAUGUCAACGGUUAUUUACCAUUACAAACAAAGGUCCGAGAUUGGUAGGUUUGCACUUACGCAGAUUAUAUGUUAUUUCAAAAGUAUUAUAUAAACAAGUAUGUGGAUCCUUCAAUUGAAGGCAGUAUAUUGGUUGAUAUACGGUAUAUGAGCAAUCGAAUCACAACUAAUUUAAAAGUUGAUAGCGCCAGUUAGAUUGGCGGUCAUAUUGGUUGUCGUUUGGUUAAUUUUUGUUUUUUUGUUAAAAUAAUAUUGAUAUAUAACUUACUUAAUUUACUUAGUUGCUUAAAAAUUUGCUCCUUUAAAACAUCUUAUCUUACUAUAGACUCUUUUUUACCAUAUACUUUUACAGCGCAAAAUUUUUUUCAACCGAAUAAAUACACUAUCACUCUUUCUAGUAUGAUAGUAACAAUCAUACUAGCGCCAUCUAAUAGUAGUGGUGACAACACCAGAAAUCAUUACCAGUGCCAAUAUAAUCUUGAAUAAAAUUUAAAAUUAGUUACCACUAAUAAAAUAAGCUAUGAAAUCACAGUGUGGAGAUUGAUUCAUCGAUUUAAUA